AUGAUCUAUGUUUUGAGUUCAGCCAUCCACUGUCUCACGCUUGUGGGGUCUGAUGCCAACCGUUGUGUUGGAAUAUGGCCAUCGCUGCCACUGCUGAAACAGGAACGGGUCAUGCGUGCGUAUAAGCCGGCAUCACCCUCUCUUUCUGUUUCUGCUCAAUCCAUUGUUUCCCAUGAUCUCUUAUUGUCAUUAAAUCCAGAAGUCUUGCUGAGCCAGCAAGACGACUUCGAACCUAGCCCCAUGUUACAGGUUUGGACAUGCGGCCAAGCGAGCGUUCCAAUGAUGAGCUUUCUGAAUCAACUCCCUGCCUUUGGGAAUGCGGUAGAUGGCCUCGUCGAGCGCGCCCAGUGGAAAGACGCCGAAGGUAUGCUUCUUCGCAUGCUCACGCAGACGGAGCGAGUGUCUGGCCCUGACCACCCGGAAACCCAGAAAGCAAGGAUGUUGCUGGCACAUAUAUAUCGCCAGGAGGGCCGGGCCCGUGAUGCAGAGAGGUUGGACUCGGCCGUCUUGGAGGCGCGACAGCGCUCGCUGGGUUUGGAGACGCCGGACACGUUGGCAGCCAUGUAUAAUCUGGCGGCCGACAUCAAGAUGCAGCCGGGACGGCUUUUGGAAGGGCUGGCCCUUGAGCGACGCGCCCUCGAGAGUGCCGUGCGACUCUAUUGGGAUCGCGGCGACGUGAAGGACGAGUCUGGGGGGAUGGACAUCCUGAUCCGCAUGUGCAACCUCGCGGAUACCCUCUUUGUCCACGACCAAGCUGCGGAUGCGGUUAAACUGCAUGAGACGGUGCUACGGCUAUGCACUGGUUUCCUCGGGCCGGGCCAUCCCUACACGAUCGCGGUCAUGGACAGUACCGGCCGGGAUUACGUCUCGCAGGGCCGGCUGAGCGAGGCGAUCCGGCUUCUCCAGGAUGCGGUCGAGGCGGGCAGGGUGCAUCUGGGGGAGAAGGAUGCGACGACGCGGAGGUGCAUCGUCCACCUGGCCGAGACCUACGGCCGGAUGACGGCGGAGGGGGAAGGCAAAGUUCCGGAGCCGCAAAUGGUCGCCAUUAUGGAGCAGGCGGUGGCCAUCCUGGAGGAGAGCAUCGGCGGAGAGGAUUCAGACACGGUGACGCUGAAAUACUAUCUUGCGGUCGCCUAUGCGCGGAUGGACGGGCGUUUCGGCGAGUCCGAGGCGCUGCAGGAACAGGUGCUGGGGUGGUGUCGCAAACAGCUGGGGGAGCGGAGCCGGACGGCCAACCUGAUCGUUCGGAACUUGGUGCUAAUGUACCGGCAGUUGGGGCGGAUGGACAAGGCGCGGCAGGUGGAGCAGGAGUUUGAGCGAGCUGUGAGGUCGCCGUCUUGA